AUGGUGACCCCGGCGGCCCAGAGAACAGUCAGGUACAGCAUGGCCCAGAUGGUGAGGCGCGGCGCCGGGUUCACGCCCGCCCCCGCGCACGCCGAGGGCGCGCCUCGGCGCACGAAGCCGCCGAACACGGCGGCUGUCGCGACGACGAGCGCCUCACGUGGGUUGGCGCGGCUCCGCCCAUCGAAGCCUUCCUCGGUGCGAGUGCCCUGCCGCAGCAGGGCGACGGCAGUUUUCGUUUCGGCCUGCCCGCAGCGGGCCAGAGGGCCCCUCUCGGAGCGCGCCGCGGAGGGCCUGUGCGCUCGGCCUCUCUCCAGCGCCGCAGAGGUCGCCGCAGGUGCCCCCCCGCUGUUCCUCGGGGCGCGCCCCUGCCUCUCACGAGUGCUGCCGCGCGUUUUUUGGCUUUGCGUCUCUGCAGUCUUACUACCCCUAGCACUUCCCUAG